AUGGAUUUAUCGAGAAUUGAGCGGAUCAUUCUCGAAAAUCAAGCACAUGGAAAAUUUGCUAAGGAGAUUAUCGAAUGGGAAAAGUCAAACGAAAGCUUGGAUAUGUCAAUUGAGCUGAUUAAAAGCUCGAAAUAUUCUGUUGUAGUAUUUAACGCAGCAGUAUGCCUCCGCAAUAAAUUAAAAGAACUUAUUCAAGAACUAGAUGAUAAUUCCGUCGAAAAUAUAUUCGAAUUCAUCAUUGAAAAAGUUUCCGAAGAAAAUAAAACGUACGAUGAAAGGUGUGUACCAAUAUUAUUAAAUGCAUUGGCAAUAAUAACAUCAGGACGAUUAGAUUACAUGGACCAAGUCUCUUUUUUACCAUUGGAUUAUCAAAUUCCAUUUUUCCAAUUUUGCUUCGAGCUUCUUGUUCCUCCAUACUUUAAUUAUGAAGCACUAAACCAUAAACUAAGCGAUAUGGUUCCCUAUUUCAUGCAAUUAUUACAAGGAGCUCCAGUAACAACUGAAUGGUUUAGAUUUCAUACUUCUGUUAUGCAUCAGACAAUAUUCGAUGCGUGUACAGAUAUAUUCCCCAUUGUCGUUCAAGCAUCUCAAGAAAGAGAGUUUUAUUCUUCUAUUGCAACUAUGUUUGAGUAUGCUAUCUCAGCAGUUCCUUAUAUUAACCUUUGUCCAGAAGAAGUUGUUUACAUUACUAAUUUGUUCCAAUUAGUUUUGGAUAUUGCAGAUAAUAAUGUUUCUGGCGAAGCUACUGCAGAUCAGUAUGCCUUUUCAUCAUUUAUAUACCACCAAGGUCUUGACUAUAUGCCUGAGUAUUUUGCACAGCCAGAAAAUACCGAAUUUACUACAAAUUUCUUUAGUAGAUUUAUGGCAUUUUUACAGAAGCUUUUAGAGAUCGGCUUAGAGUCAGAAUUAUUCAGCUUACUUGACAUUGCAUCAGAAUUCAUCUGUUGCUCCAUUGGUUACUUCUGUGAUCCAUAUUCCGGCCAAGGUGAAAUUGCAGAGCCAUUCGAAGUUCUUAUUGAAAACGUUCUUAUGUUCAUGAUCGAUAUUGUUAAUACGGGCGAUUUCAAAUACAUUACACAAGAUUUAGAAAUUUUAUUUUACACAUUAACUAAAGAGCCUAACAAGAUAUUCGCUCGUUUACUCUCACAAGCAAUACACGAUCCUACACCAGGUGUAUUCUACGCCAUAUCUACAGUUUCCGAGCCAUUCCGCAUUAUGUUGUCAACAAGUGCUGCCAGCAAACUCCUUGAAAUGGAGGAGACACCAUUUACAAUUGUGUACUUCUGCCGAACAUGUGCAUUAUACGCAAGUGAAUCUGCCCCACAAUUAUUAGAAAAGAUGCUGAUGUUUACAGAAAUAUUACCACUACAAGUUGCUACAACUGUUGCAGCCAUAGCUCCUCUUUUCUGGAAAAAUUUUGUCAAUGAGCCAGAUAAACUGAUACAGCCGCUUCUUACAAUGAUUCCUAACGCUACAUCGGAUGUGGCAUGUCAAAUUCUUAAAAGUCUGUACAACAUAUUCCCUCGCGUCACUCCAGAAAACAACAUUCGAAUUAUCAUGGACGAUCUCUCACAGUUGAUGGGCGAUGCCGUUCAAGCAGAGCUCCAGAAUGACAACUACCAGCAGAAUAUCGACUUUAUUUGCACAAUUAUUGAAGGAGUUCCUAAAUUCGAAAUCGAUUCUUACUACAAAGAGUACUUUUACUCAAUAUUCAACCAAUUAUUCCCAUUACUACGUGACUACUUCGUCAAUACAGACCCAGCGAUCCAAAAUCCACUGGCCAAAUUCAUCGGAAAUUCUCUUGGACACAAUUGGUGCAAUCCAUCAACAUACGGUGAAUUCAUUGUUCAAUGGCUAUCGAAUGUCAUACCAGAAUACCUUACUCGAGAACAUUUCCGAGUCCUUUUGUAUUUGGCACCUUUUAUUUUUGGCGAUGACAACAGUUUCCUUGAUGAAUGUCUUCGUCAAACAUUCGAGAGUAACGACAAAGACAAUAUUAAGGAUUCACUGGACUUCUGCUACAAACUGGUCAAAAAGAUUCCACAAAUGCUUAGUUCAGUUCUGACAUACAUACUUCCAAUGAUCAACCAAGAUGUUCCUCGUAUUCUUUGCGUCAAAGCUGUAGAAGUAUUAGGAAAUAUUGUUGUGAUUCCAAACAUAGAUUUGAGUGAAUUCUCUGUUGACAUCGUUAAUACGAUAAUUUCAUCGCUUUUCAUCGAUAUCGAUGAAAAACAGGAUAUCAUUUACCGAGUAGCAAUUCUUUUUAGGCUUGGAAAAUUUGUAUCCAAGAAGGAAAUUGCAGAACACAUUGCAGCAAUCGCUGGAAACACACAAGAGUCAAUGGAAUUCAUAGAGGCAUUCGAGAAAUUUGAUGACCCGAAGCAAUUGGAAGUUCCGGCAUUUAAGAUGUUCGAUGCUUACAGAUCUUUACUUCCUACUAAUUAA